GCCUUCGUCUCUCCCCAACCUCAGAUCACCUCCAAAAGCCACAGAAGCCCUUUAACUAAGCCUUCUCUCCCUCCUUUGGCUACUACUCGGACACUUUUCUUCCUAUCCAUCCAUCCAUCCAUGGCCUCGCUGCUCUCCUCUACGCUCCUAUCCCUUGCGCUUCUUCUCAUCGUCAGCAGCUCUGAAGCUAAGGACUUCUUGGUUGGAGGCGACACCGAGGCAUGGAAAAUCCCCUCGUCUAAAUCAGAAACCCUCAACCGGUGGGCUGAGGCACACCGCUUCCAAGUCGGGGAUUCCCUCGUCUGGAAGUAUGACGGCACGAAGGAUUCGGUGCUGGAGGUGAGGAGGGAGGACUACCUGAGCUGCAACACAUCGAGCCCGAUCGCCGAGCACAAGGACGGGAACACGACGGUGAGUCUCCCACGAUCUGGGCCGUACUAUUUCAUCAGUGGAGCAGCGGGGGCCUGCGAGAAGGGGGAGAAGAUGAUCGUGGUCGUGAUGUCGAAGAGGCAACGCUGGUCUGGUGGGAUCUCCCCUGCGCCUUCCCCUGUGGAGUACGAUGGUCCGGCGAUGGCUCCGGUGAGCGGCGGUCGGAAGUUGGCUGUGCGGAUUAAAGGGGGCUUGGUGGGUGCUCUGACGCUCAUGGGUUUGGUGGGAAUGAUUCUGUGAGGGAUUGUUUGAUAUGAAUUUUGGUUAUUUUUGGGGAAGGGGAUUGGAUUUUUUUUUUUUUUUUUUCAUUUUAUUUAUAUAGGUUUCAGGUUUCAUAGAGCCGAGAAUGCUUAUGAUUGUGCUUCUUUCGAUGGUAUUCAAUUUAUAUAUAUAGUCCCUCAUUGUUUUGAGCAUUGCUUCCA